AUGGAUGGGAAGGCAGCACCCAACGGCGUGGCCACCAUCGAGGACAGGAUCUUACGGAUCACGGGCUACUAUGGAUAUUACCCGGGCUACUCCAGCCAGAAAAGUGCCUCACGAUCAUCUGUCAUCCAAUGCAAGCCAGGAGGCAACUGCCCCAGCAGACACAGAGGCAUGACUAGGCAGCUCUCCCCUCUAUCUGUUGCUGAAGAUUCUGCUGCUCCCAUUCUUGAGCUGCAGAAUCGAAGUCCCUCGGGAAUCUGUCGGCACAGCAGAGUCGAGAGGCAGAGCAGAUCAGGAGAAGAAGGAACACAAACGCACACAGAGAGCAGCAGCCAGGAAGCUGAGGGACAGACACGAUGCCAAUCUUGCACAUCCACGUUUCUUAAGCUUAUCUGGAGAUUUCUGAUCAUUUUGUCCGUCUCUUCCUCCUGGGUCGGGACCACGCAGUUUGUCAAAAUCACGUAUGAGACCUUUGACUGUCCUUUUUUCAUGACUUGGUUCUCAACAAACUGGAACAUUAUGGUGUUUCCCAUUUAUUAUUCUGGGCACCUUGCAACUGCACAGGAGAAGCAGUCUCCAAUCAAAAAAAUCAGGGAAUGCAGUCGGAUUUUUGGUGAAGACGGUUUGACGCUGAAACUCUUUCUUAAAAGGACUGCUCCCUUUUCUAUUCUGUGGACUUUGACUAACUACUUGUAUUUACUGGCUUUAAAGAAGCUGACAGCCACAGACGUCUCAGCCCUGUUCUGUUGUAACAAAGCUUUUGUCUUCUUGCUUUCUUGGAUCGUGCUGAAAGACAGGUUCAUGGGAGCAAGGAUAGUGGCAGCAAUAAUGGCAAUCACAGGAAUCGUAAUGAUGGCAUAUGCAGAUGGUUUCCAGGGUGAUUCAAUUAUCGGGGUAGCAUAUGCUGUUGGAUCAGCCUCUACAUCUGCAUUAUAUAAGGUUUUGUUCAAGAUGUUUCUUGGCAGUGCAAACUUCGGGGAGGCCGCUCAUUUUGUCUCCACCUUGGGCUUCUUCAAUUUAAUUUUCAUCUCAGUUACCCCCAUCAUACUGUACUUUACCAAAGUGGAGUACUGGUCGCCGUUCUCUGCUGUGCCGUGGGGUUACCUGUGCGGAGUGGCUGGCCUCUGGUUAGCGUUCAACAUUCUGGUUAAUGUUGGCGUCGUGCUUACGUACCCCAUCCUGAUCUCUAUCGGCACGGUGCUCAGCGUCCCUGGCAAUGCAGCUGUAGAUCUCCUGAAGCACAAAAUGAUCUUCAGUGUGGUGAGGCUGGGAGCCACCAUCAUCAUUUGCAUUGGGUUUCUGCUGAUGCUGCUCCCCGAGGAGUGGGAUGAAAUCACCCUGAGGUUCAUCAACAGCUUAAAGGAGAAGAAGAGCGAGGAUCACGCCGACGACAUCACAGACUCCAGCGUACACACGAGAAGCAGAAGUAGAGCUAACGGGACAGUGUCUAUACCACUAGCUUAGGGCUGGUGGACUU